AUGGGUGCCAUUCAACAAAUGCUUCACCGGAAAGUCCCGGAUGGACAAACAGGUGUGAACAAAGCGGACAAAGUCUAUCUCCUUGGGAAGCUCACAUUUUGGGAGAGACUUCAAGCAAUCACUGUAUCAACAGACACAGAUGUUUCCCUUUCUUCAUAUGAUGAAGAUCAGGGAUCCAAACUUAUUCGAAGAGCCAGAGGCCCAUUCGUACCCAUUGGAAUGGCAGGUUUUGAAGCAAUUGUUACAUAUGGAUCAUACAAAUUGAAGAGCAGGGGAAAUACUAAAAUGUCCCUUCAUCCGAUCCACAUGCGUGUGGCAGCCCAAGGCUGUGUUGCAGGAGCAAUGACUGUUGUUAUGGGCUAUUCUAUGUAUCAGGAAUUCUGGGCAAAACCUAAGCCUUAA